GACUUGUGUGCCCCAAGUGUUUCUAGUUUGUCUCCUUUGUUGGCUUUUCCCGGUGCGGUGCUGAGUCCCCGAGGAGCAGCGAGCGGUGGGCUUGGGCAGGGGAGAGUGGGGGGCAGGUCUCGCCCUAGAUCCCCCCCGUUUUAUUAAUUUUUGUCCUUGUUGGCGUCUCGGACUGUCCUGCCCUGGGGGUCGCAGCCUCGCCCCGUGGCUCCGGAGAGCAGGGGUGGCCGGCGCGCUUUGCUGUCAGCCUGAGGAGCGGGGAGGGUCCCUCCGGGGUGCUGGGCCAGUGUGUCGGGGGGCUGGGGAGGGGAGUCCGGGUUCCCGAGACGUUUGCCUGAGAAACUGUCAAUCCCUUUGGUCUUUAAGCGUGCACUUGGUGGGGAGACUGGCUUCUGGACCGGUGGGCGUUGUGCCCCGGUCCCCGGGCGGCGUUCCGUGCAGCCCAGGGACGCCGGGCGUGUUGGGGGGCCUAGGCGGGGGCGACACCCGCCCGAGGGGCUCGGCGAUGCCCGCUGCUCGCGGCCGCCCGGCUCCUGCCGUCCCCGCCGGCUGCCAGGGGGCGAGGCUGUGUGCCGGAGACGCGGGGGAAGGGGACACGUAGCACUGGGCGCCUCUCGACAAGGGCUUGCUGCUCGGGCGGCUGAAGGCUCCAACAAUGCGGUGUGCAACUUUCCUAGGGGACCGUCCCGUCCGUAGCUUGUGAGCUCAGGGCGGAGUAGAGAAAAUAAUUUUUUUUUUUCUUUCGCCGCGUUGGAAGUGCUGCACACGUAGAAUCAGUUUUUCGGCUAAGCGUUUCCCUGUGUUUCCAUUACUUCAGACUGCUAUCUUGAGGGUGAUUUUUAACUUCGUGUUUUGGGAAACUUUAGGAAGACAGCUGUGUUUAGUGGCUUUAGUAAUUUUACCACCCCCUGAAAGACCUUGCCGUGGGUUAUACACCAGAAAUCUUAAUGUUUUUCCUACGAUGGUAUCGCUGUGUUAAGAUUUAGAAAUUGAACUACACUUUAGGAGGAGAAUAAAAGAUUGAAACUACAUUCUCAAGUUACAUUUUAUAAUUUGACAGAAAAAUUGUCAAAGUAGGAAUAGUUUGUGAGAAUUUUUUUUCUCCAUUCACAGGCAGCUAGUGAGAAAAAAGUGUUAUGAAGGACACUUCCCAUGACAUGUGAUGAUUUUUAUCUCAUUUUUAACUCCCAAAAUAGGUGUUCUUAGGUGUUUUUGUGUGCCUCCAAGGAAGCUAAUUUUUUUUCUCGUUUUUUUAGUAUAGGCUCACCUCAAAAAAUGUUUUUUGGGACUGAUGUAGGACCUGCGUGUUCUUUGGGAAUCUAAUUGAUUGCAGUUGCGCUAGAUGGUGGAGCCAAAAUGCUAUUGCCCUGUAUUCGGCAACAUUUAAUCAAGUGUGGUACAAGUACGGACAUGGGGGAGAAACAGUUGGGAUAACAUGAAAGUGAUGCUGGUGGCUAAGAGCAGGCGACUUGCUUCUGCGGGAAGGGCUACCCCAGCUCCAUCUGUUGUCUAGAUUUGAGUAUGAGCACAGUUGAAGAGGAUUCUGACACAGUAACAGUAGAAGCUGUGAACUCUGUGACCUUCACUCAGGACCCCGAAGGGAACCUCAUUCUUCACUGCCCUCAGAAUGAUGCUGAUGAAAUAGACUCAGAAGAUAGUGCUGAGCCGCCACAUAAGAGAGUUUGCUUGUCCUCUGAGGAUGGUCAGAGUAUUGGUGAUUCUGCAUCUUGCAUAUCAGUUGUCGCACUUCCACUUUCAGAAAAUGAUCAGAGCUUUGAGGUGACGAUGACUGCAACUACAGAGGUGGCAGAUGAUGAAAUCAGUGAGGGGACUGUGACGCAGAUUCAGAUUUUACAGAAUGAGCAACUAGGUGAAAUAUCUCCCUUGGGUAAUGAAGAAGUGUCAGCAGUUAGCCAAGCCUGGUUUACCACUAAAGAAGAUAAAGAUUCUUUGACAAACAAAGGGCAUAAAUGGAAGCAGGGUAUGUGGUCCAAGGAAGAAAUUGAUAUUUUGAUGAACAAUAUUGAACGCUAUCUGAAGGCACGCGGAAUAAAAGAUGCCACAGAAAUCAUCUUUGAGAUGUCGAAAGACGAAAGGAAAGAUUUCUACAGGACUAUAGCAUGGGGUCUGAACCGGCCUUUGUUUGCAGUUUAUAGAAGAGUGCUUCGCAUGUAUGAUGACAGAAACCAUGUGGGAAAGUAUACACCUGAAGAAAUUGAGAAGCUGAAGGAGCUCCGGAUAAAGCAUGGCAAUGACUGGGCAACAAUAGGGGCGGCGCUAGGAAGAAGUGCAUCUUCCGUCAAAGAUCGGUGCCGGCUGAUGAAGGACACCUGCAACACAGGGAAGUGGACAGAAGAAGAAGAAAAGAGACUUGCAGAGGUGGUUCAUGAAUUGACAAGCACUGAACCGGGAGACAUAGUUACACAGGGUGUGUCUUGGGCAGCUGUGGCUGAACGAGUGGGUACCCGCUCAGAAAAGCAGUGUCGCUCUAAAUGGCUCAAUUACCUGAACUGGAAACAGAGUGGGGGUACCGAAUGGACCAAGGAAGAUGAAAUCAAUCUCAUCCUCAGGAUAGCAGAGCUUGAUGUGGCUGAUGAAAAUGACAUAAACUGGGAUCUGCUGGCUGAGGGAUGGAGCAGCGUCCGUUCACCACAAUGGCUUCGAAGUAAAUGGUGGACCAUCAAAAGGCAAAUUGCAAACCAUAAGGAUGUUUCAUUUCCUGUCUUAAUAAAAGGUCUUAAACAGUUACAUGAAAACCAAAGAAACAACCCAACACUUUUGGAGCACAAAUCUGGAUCCGGAGUCCCCAGCAGUAAUUGCAGUUCCAGUGUACAGCAUGUUCAGAUCAGAGUUGCCCGCCUGGAAGAGAAUGCAGCCGUCUCUCCAAGUCCCACGGCAGCACUGCAGAUCCCAGUGCAGAUCACCCAUGUCUCUUCAACAGACUCCUCCGCUGCUACUGUUGACUCGGAAACAAUAACACUAAACAGUGGAACACUACAGGCAUUUGAGAUCCUCCCGUCUUUCCAUUUACAGCCCACUGGCACUCCAGGCACCUACCUGCUUCAGACAAGUGCAAGUCAAGGCCUUCCUCUGACUCUGACGGCUAGUCCCACAGUGACCCUGGCAGCUGCUGCUCCUGCUUCUCCUGAACAGAUCAUUGUUCACGCUUUAUCUCCAGAGCAUUUGUUGAACACAAAUGACAAUGUCACACUUCAGUGUCACACACCAAGGGUCAUCAUCCAGACUGUUGCUUCUGAGGAUAUUUCUUCCAUAUCCCAAACAGAACUGGCAGUAGACACUGAUCUUCAGUCAUCUGAUUUUCCCACGCCUCCAGAUGCACUAGAAGCAGACACCUUCCCAGAUGAAAUCCAUCAACCAAAAAUGACUGUGGAGCCAUCAUUUAAUGAUGCUCAUGUAUCCAAAUUCAGUGACCAAAACAGCACAGAACUGAUAAACAGUGUUAUGGUCAGAACUGAAGAAAUACUGGAUACCCGCCUUAAACAGGAGGCGGAGUCCCCCUCUCACUUAGCCACUGCUUAUGUUACAGAGGUAAGUCCAGGUGCUCCUGAGAACAGCCUGCCAGGGACUUCCCUGGAGCCACCACUGCAGAUACUUGGGAGGGGUUUGGGUGGUACUGCCUCCGUACUGAUCAGUGAACCAGCCGUGUUGUUGCUAAUGGAAAUGGGCAAAGAUUUCUUUCCACAGUCAAGGGAGUUGAACAAAACUCUGCCCCUGUCCACCCCACCUGUAGUGCACAGAGCAAUGUUGACGGAAGCCUACCCUGUUCUUAGGAACAGAGCUCUGAUUCUCCUUAGGAACUUCAGCCCAGCACAGUGACAGCACUAUUUUCUUGAAGACCUGUACCUGCAUUAGUUUCGAUUUGGAAUUAUAGGUUAUUGUCCAUUUUAAGAUACUAACCUUUCUUUGUAUUGUAGUUUUAAAAAUGGGAUAAGUUUGAGAGCAAAUCC